UGGGAUGUACUGGGCAUGCGCAGCACAGUGUGAGUUUGGGCGCACGUUUUGACCAGUUGCUGAUUGUGAGUGCGCAGGCGUACGGCAGGCCUUUAUACGACCAUGGCUACAGACAUGGAUACGGAGGGUUUUGGAGACCUGCUCCAGCGAGCGGAACAGCUGACAGCUGACAUGGACAGCGGGGUGGAGCUGCCCCGGGUGGAGAGGAACCUGCAGCAGAUCCUGGAUGCUGGGGAGAGGCUGUGGUCCAGAUCAGCACAGGCUGCAGCACAGGACCAGACAGAUGCAAGGGCGUCCAUUCUUCUGGGUGCCAAGGGUUUUGACGUCCCACGAAUCUCACAAAGACUGGAGACCCUGAGUGCAGCCAAAACAUUUGAGCCCCUGGAACCAGUCAGGGAUACAGACAUACAGGGGUUCUUACGGAAUGAGAGGGAAAAUGCCCUGCUGGCAGCUAUUGAAGAGUCAAGAAGAAAUACGUUUGAGUCUGUUGAGCGCCACCAUUGGGAGUUCAUGCAGCAGGAGUGGGAGAUAGAGAAACAGAAGAUCCUCAACGCUCUCAUCAGCGCUGGGGAGGAGGCCUUCGACUUCACACAGGAGACAGAGGUUCCUGGUCAACUGGGUGAUACCACUGUUGGUACGGGGAGGAGCAACAUGGAUAGCAUGGAGAUGUCCUAUGCUAGACAGGUUUUUGUGUACAAUGAUGCAGUGGUCCAAGGAGCAGUCAAACCAAGUCUGGCUGACCUGUUCACACAAGUUGCAGACAAGGUGGAUGAUAAGAACAUACUGGACCUGUGGGAGAUGGUGCAGGCGGUUACAGAUGUCCCCCUGGUCCAGGCACAGUCCCCCAUGGAGGCCAGGAGGUCCUCACAGCUACAGAGGGCCUUCAUAGGGAAGGCCAGGCACUUCCUGGAGCAGAGGUAUGUGCAGUUCAUCACCACCACCAUCUAUGAUAACCUACAGCAGGCCCAGCUGGGAGGCAUCCCGGGAACCUACAACAUGGUCAGGUCCUUCCUAAACAUCAGGCUGCCGGCAGUCAUGGCUGGGCUGGAGGAUGGAGAGGUUGACGGCCACCCCGUGUGGGCCAUGGUGUACUAUUGUCUGCGCUGUGGGGACCUGGACGCUGCUGCAGAAGUCACAGAGAACUGCCAAAGUCUGCAGGGAGACUUCGCCAUGUUUUUGAGAGAGUAUGUCCGAAGUGAAGACAGAAGAUUGUCUCCUAGCACAGAGACCAAAGUCCGCCUGCACUACAGAAGGGCCAUCAGAAACAGCACAGAUCCCUUCAAAAGGGCAGUGUACUGUAUCCUUGCCUGCUGUGACACAACAGACACACACUCUGACGUCGCUGACAAGACGGAGGACUAUCUCUGGCUAAAGCUGUGUCAGGUGUCCCUAGAUGAAGAUAGCACAGGUCAACAGGACAAGUUCACACUCCCACAGCUGCAGAGCCUCCUGCUGGAGGAGUAUGGUGAGACCCACUUCAGUGCGUCCCAGCAGCCGUUCCUGUACUUCCAGGUCCUGUUCCUGACCGGACAGUUCGAGGCGGCCAUCGACUUCCUGUUCCGCGUGGACCAGCUCCGAGCGCACGCCGUCCACGUGGCCGUCGUUCUGUACGAGAUGAAACUCCUGCUCACCCCCAACACAGUCCAGGCACAACUCUUGACGAAGGAGGACGGUGACCCGGUGCCGAUGCGGCGGCUGAACUUCGGUCGGUUGAUGAUGAGUUACACCAGGAAGUUUGAGUCCACUGACCCCAGGGAGGCUCUGCAGUACUUCUACAUACUCAGGGAGCUGAAGACCCCUGGAGGAGAGAACCUGUUCAUGGCCUGUGUCAGUGCUCUGGUGCUGGAGACUAGAGAGUUUGACAUGCUGCUCGGAAAGUUGGAGAGAGAUGGAACAAGGAAGCCGGGAGCCAUUGAUAAGUUCCAUGGUGACACCCACAAGAUCAUAGAGAUGGUGGCUCAGGACACGGAGAGUAAGGGUCAGUCUGAGGAUGCUGUCAGGCUGUACGAACUCGCUAAGGACCACGAGAAGGUUCUGAUCCUGCUGAACAAGUUGCUGUGCCAGGUAGUGUCACAACCCCCCGCACCCCAGUCAGACAGGGACAGACUCAAGGCUCUGGCUGUCGGCAUCGCAGAGAGGUACCAGACCCAGGGCCACAGUGGUGCCCAGCUGGAGGCCAGUACGUUCUUCCUGCUGCUGGACAUGGUCACUUUCUUUGACCACUACCACACCGGGCAGCUGGACCAGGCACUGGACAUUAUCCAGCGUCUCCAGUUGGUCCCCCUCACCCAGGAGGCGGUGGAACAGAGGGUCGCUGCCUUCUCUUCUUACGCAGAUGAGGUGAGAAGGAACCUUCCUGAUGUGUUGUUGGCAGCCAUGAACAUCCUGUACUCAAAAUACAAGGCUGUCAGGAGUGCGGGUCAGGCCAGUCCAACAUCCAGAGGCCGUCUAAGAGAGGACAGCAAGACAGAGUCUUACCUGACCUACCUGAGGAAACAGGCCCGCGCCCUCAUCACCUUUGCAGGCAUGAUUCCCUACAGGAUGCCGGGGGACACCAACGCACGCCUCGUGCAGUUAGAGGUGCUCAUGAACUGAGGAAGGGCAUACAGAAGCCGGGAUCUCUCCAGCAUCCGUCCCUAAACAGAACCUUGCCUCUUGAACAUUGUAACCAUUCCACCUUCAGGUUGGCAACAAGAAUAUCAAAGUGCAGCAAAUUUUCAAUUGGUCGUCGACAGUGGCCAGAAACUUUUGCAAAAGUGAGACGAGGCCAUCAAGAUGCAGAAAGUAGCGUUUCAGAUCAGAAGGCUAGAAUUUUAACAACUUCCAGGGAACAUUCUGGCCGUUAUAGAGUCCUUGUAUCUGUAGCACUCUGUCAAACUGAUGGGAUUGAAACAUAUUCAGAGAAGAAGAGACCCCUAGGAAGAUUAGUUUUGUUCACGUUGGUUCUUGACGUCAUUAUCAUUGGAACCGUAACAAAACAAAAAA